AUGCCAGAUGAAUUGGCAAUGACAUUACCUUUGCUACAAAAUCCUUUAAAAUUUUUACAACCUAAAGAAAAUUCUUCCAUAUCAGCUAACUUACAAUUUGUUUUAUGGCUCGAACCACCUGUAUAUGUAACUGACACAGUGGCGAAAAACUUGGCAGGAUUUUUCUUCAACAGAACUGAGAAAUAUGAUCCUCAAAGUUUAUCGCUGGAACAACUUUUGAUAGAAGAAGCGGUUCCAUCGAUUAAAUUUAGUGCUAACCGUGAUAUAAAUUCUGAUGUACGAUGGGAAAAGAAAUUUGAUGAUUCAUCUUAUCUUCAAGUUUAUUCUUAUGAUACCAAGUCUUUUACAAAUGCUAAGAAAAUUUUGUUACGUCAACAACUAAUUUAUAAUGCACUUUUUCAAAGUUGUUUUAAUUCUUCUACUUACAAACCUUUGUCCAAAUCUAAUCAACCAUUUCAAACAUCUUCUCUUGAUAUUCAAUCAGAUGAAUCAGAUGAUUCUCAAUUAAAGACCAUAAAGAUUCAUGUUCAAACAACAGAUCCACCGAAUUCUUUAUCUGUUACCUUUCAAGUACCUGAAAUAUCGGCUUCUAUUUCUCUCCAAAUCUCUAAUAUACAAGAUUCACAACCAUUUGUUCUGUCUCAAAUACUUUGGAAAGAAGAAAAGGGAGGAGGAGAAGGAAACAAAGAAUAUGAUCCUAAUAAUAAUCAAAUUAAUAAUCAAAAUAAUCACAUCAAAAUAAAUGAUAAUUUAUUAACUAAAUAA